AUGCCCGACCCAGAGAUGUGUCGCGACUUGACGCGCGUGGGCCGACUGCCCAGGGAAGCUGCGGAUAUCAAGACAAUCACCAGAUUACCCCGUGGGAGUUUGCGAGAUACGUCCAAACGACAACGCCCACAACGGCGGCGCCUAUCGCUGGAGCCUGGGCCAACCAUCCAAACAGCCCAUGCUCGCCAUGCUCGCUCCUUUUGGUGGAUCGCCCUGCUGUGUCUAUUCGCUUGCAUAUCACCCACCACCGCAGCUCUCAUCAACUUUGAUAACUGUUUGGACAAAUCCAUCUUGGAAUCGGACCCCUUGCAGCUCCAAUUCAUACCCCUCAACGUCUCCGCGACAUUCAAUCUCUCCGAUCCCCUCCACCCACUGAAUGUUACAAUUUACGGCAAUUGGACAAAUUCCUCGUCGACAUACGGCAAGAUUUGGGAUCUGGGCGAAACGACCAACAAAUACACCACCUUGUUGACGGAGUUUGACGUCCUGAGUUAUGUGCCCUGGAAUAAUGGAACUCCAUUUUGCUCGACCGUGAACCAGGGUGAAUGCCCGCUGGCGCCGGCCUUCGAUGCCAACAGGAGCGACUUGCGAACGCUGCGAUCCUUCUCCGUCCAGCAUGAUAUGGGUUCUACCUAUCGCUUCUCGACCAUCACUCCCAAGUUCACGAUCCUUCUCGGCGAUGCCGCCGUUUCUAAGCUAGCCUGUAUCACGGUGCCGAUCACCCCGGAUUUCGGCGCGCCGCUCAAAAAUGCCCUUGCAUACGUCCCCUUGGUGAUUCUGGUCCUGGUGGGGGUAGCUACUCUGCUAGCAUCCAUGUAUACACCCUGGGGUACGACCGAUGUCUUCCGGUGGACGAGUAAUUAUGGUCGCGAUGAAGAUAUCCUCCGCCUAGUCACCCCCGGCUUCGCGGACUGCUUGCAGUAUCUGCAGUUCGUCGUCUUGACGGGUGCACUCUCCCUGGAAUACCCUGGAUUCUUCCAACCGGCCGUGAGCCAGGGUUCGUGGUCGGCCCUCAUGUUUAACCAGAGCUUCGUCAACGGAGGUGGCAACAACCCGAUCCAAGAUGGUGUUUUUGCGAUCAACGCGACAUACGGACUUGAUCGGAUGAACCAAUUAGUGGGCAUGGGCAGCACUCAAGAUAUGUGGCCUGGCAUGAUGAUCUGGCUUCUGGUGAUCCUGAGGUUGGGCUUUGCAUUGCGCUGGCUGCAUCGUGAACUAGCCCACACCACCGAGCAGGACCUGCGCGCCAAAAAUAUGCCCUUCACCAUUGGCAACGUCAUCCGCAUUGUUUUUAACUAUUUCCUCCUUCCCAUCAUCUCUCUAUCCUUCUUCCAGCUGGUCACAGCGAGUGGCUCCCCUGCAUAUAGCGUGGCCCUAGCGGCACUCGUGAUCGUCAUUCUUCUCUGCUUCUCCAUAUGGAUGGUUCGAGUCAUUGUCUCCACGCGCCCGAAAUCUCACCUUUUCGACGACCUUCCCACCGUUCUUCUAUAUGGACCGUUAUAUAACACCUACUGUGACGAUGCUGCUGCGUUCGCCAUGGUCCCAAUCUUCCUCAAUUUCGCCCGUGGUGUUGCCAUUGGAGCCCUGCAGCCGUCGGGAAUUGCCCAGGUUGUAUUGCUGGCCAUCUGCGAAGUAGUCUCCGUGUUGACGAUCAUCGCAUUCCGGCCAUACGCGUCCCCGACACACAUGAACCUUUACCAAUGCGUCUUCUCUUUCGUUCGGUUCCUCACAAUCAUCCUCAGCAUUGUUUUUGUACCUUCUCUAACGAUUUCCUCCGCCGCGCGGGGCUGGAUCGGCUACGUGAUUCUCGUGUUCCAUGCCCUGGUUCUCAUAUUUGGAUUCUUCCUCAAUGCCCUGCAGACCUUGAUUGAGGUUUCGGCAAGAAUGGCCGGUGCUGGCGGUUCCACCCGUGGAGGUCUGUCCAAAGUCUUUGGCAUGCGUCAGCUAUCAAGGCGUGAGGCUCGUCAAGGUCUCUCGCGGCAGAGUAUGGGAUCCGAGGCCGCCAUGCUGGCUAACGUUGAUGGACGGAUGUCUUCUCAAUGGGAAGGUUCUCGUCCUCGCAGUCUGUCAGGCAGCUCCGCUCUGCUACUGAACCGUGCCACCGCUAGCGAAGGACGUGCUAGUGGCAUCCUUGAGUAUGCAAGCUCGCAAGGUGGUGGUUCACAUAGUCGUGCCCCUAGCGGCGGUAUAUACGCUCAUUCUCCGACCGCGUACACUGGAGGUGGUGGCAUUUCACCAAGCAGCAGUACCUUUAUGGGUGCCCACCCACGUGAUCCAUACUACCGACCCCCAAGGCCUGGUGCAGUGCGAAGGUCUACCCAGCCUGGACCUGGCGAUCGGUCGAAGAGGAGCUCUCGGACGUUCUUAAAACCAAACUUGAAGCACAGCCGUUCGGGUGACCCUGACGAUGAAAUUGGGGAGGGCUUCCCCAUGUCUGGCCGGGGUACACCUGUGCCUGCAUAUCUCCCUGCACCCAAGGACGACAUGGAGAUUGAAGAUUCUCAACAAUCAAAAGACUACGCGGUCCGUGAAGUUGACUUUUACUAUCGCGUCCGUGGUCCGCCGCUCUCGCAUAUGGGCACUCGGAAGUUGAAGACAGGCCCUGCUGAUCCCACUGGUCCAGUGUCCUCCGCAACAGGGUUCUUCCGCGGUUUAUUCCAGGGCAAAACCAAAGACAAGGGCAAAGGAUUUGAGGUCGUUCGAAGCGCCCGCGCCCCUCCACCUGGUCUAUUCCCCGGCGAAGGCUACCACGAAACACCAUAUCAAGAUGAUCCCGAAGACCAAGCGGCUGGCGAGACCCCUGGAGGACACUCUCGCAAUGUGUCUGUGGGUGAUGAGACGCCAUAUCGGGAUUCCGAAGGCGACAAUACCCCGAAGCGAAGCGAUGCGCGCGCCCCAGUUCUCCCACAGGUCAACUCUGUCGGCAGCAUAGAACUUCCUAGCCGAGUGGGAUCUCGCCGCACCCAAGAUGCCGGCUCGGAGCAUGGCGACCGCCCCACUACGCCAGACCUUCCCGCAGUCGCAGAAACCACUUCGCCCUCUCGGAGCGUUCCAGAUCCCGGCCACCUCCAGGCGGAAUCUCCGGGGACUGCACGUCUGCCUUUUAGUGGAAGCAGCUCGCCAUCCCGAGAACGCGGUGACUCCAUUGCAUCAACCUCCAAAUCCAACGCAUCAAGCCACCGAACCGGCCGGGAGGGAUCUCGCCGAGACCGACCAUCCAGCAUGGGCUAUGUCGCACAGUACCGUACUAGGGACAACAUACACGAAACCAGUCCCGAAGAAACUUCUUUCACGGGGAGUCAAGCAGAACUAGUGAUCGAACAACUGCACCGUGAAAAUACGCAUACUUCAUAA